AAAUCUUGAGAGAAAUGAAAACCUCCGAAUAAUUUAGUUUCUCUUUCUGCCCAAGGAGGGCGUGACGUUAAAAAUGGCGGCACUCUUCCCUCCGAGCGAGGAUGUUUCCCGAAAUUCUCACUUAUCUUCUAUGGAAGAGUAUAAAAAAUUAUAUCAGCAAUCUAUUCAAGAUCCUGAUAAAUUUUGGGAGCCCCUCGUGAAGGAGUUAUUUUGGAAGACUACCCCACCUAAAAGUGGAGUUUGUCGAUACAAUUUCGAUGUUCGAAAGGGAGAAAUCUUCGUGAAGUGGUUUGAAGGCUCGAAAACGAAUAUAUCCUAUAAUGCACUGGAUAGAAACGUGGAGAAGGGGUUUGCUAACAGAACUGCUUUUUUGUGGGAAGGAAAUGAACAGAACGAUACGAAAAAGAUAACCUAUAAAGAGCUGCUUGAAGAAGUAUGCAAAUUUUCUAAUGUCUUGAAGAAAAAAGGCCUUAAAAAGGGAGAUCGCGUGGCCAUAUACAUGCCUAUGAUUUUGGAGUUGGUUGUUGCUAUGUUGGCAUGUGCUCGCCUUGGUAUCAUUCAUUCUAUUGUUUUUGGUGGAUAUUCAGCUGAGUCUUUGGCAGAAAGAAUCAUCGAUGCGCAAUGUUCUCUUCUUGUUACUGCUGACGGAGGGUAUAGAGGACCGAAGCUGGUGAACUUAAGAUCAAUUGUCGAAAAUGCUAUUAGAAUCUGUGAUGAAAAGGAUCACAAACUAAAAGCUGUCAUAGCUGUCAAACAUUUAGGCUCUUUAAAUAACAAGACUGCUAAUUCUUCAGAGGUAAAAUGGGGCAUGAAUGAUUCUUCUAUACUUUCUUUUUGGCAUGACGAAAUGAAAAAUUCAAGUGCAAUUUGUGAUGUUGAAUGGAUGGAUGCUGAAGAUCCAUUAUUUAUUUUGUAUACGAGUGGUUCAACUGGAAAACCAAAAGGAAUUCUACACACAACUGCAGGAUACAUGGUUUAUGCAUAUACAACGUUUAAGUACAUAUUUGAUUAUCAUGAAAAUGACGUAUAUUUUUGCACUGCAGAUAUUGGUUGGAUUACUGGUCACACUUACGUCACCUAUGGACCUUUAUUAAAUGGUGCUAUCUCAGUUAUGUUUGAAGGCGUUCCAUUCUAUCCUGAUGCUAGUCGUUUUUGGAAUGUUAUUGACAAGUACAAAGUUAGUUUAUUUUAUACUGCUCCUACUGCAAUACGGGCACUUAUGAGAUUUAGUGAUGACUUUGUCAAAAAAUCAAGCAGGGAAAGUUUGAGAUUGUUGGGAAGUGUAGGAGAACCAAUCAAUCCCGAGGCUUGGCUUUGGUAUCACAGAGUUGUGGGAGAUGGAAGAUCUCCUAUUGUGGAUACAUUCUGGCAAACUGAAACAGGUGGUAUUGUAAUCACUCCGCUACCAGGUUGUACGCCUUUGAAACCAGGAUCAGCAACAUUUCCUUUCUUUGGAGUUAUGCCGAAACUUUUGACUGAAGAGGGAAAAGAGAUUAAUGGAGAAGGAGAGGGAUAUUUGGUUUUUGAUAGACCAUGGCCAGGAAUGAUGCGAAGCAUUUAUGGCUCUCAAGAACGUUAUGAAACUACAUAUUUCAAAAAAUUUCCAGGCUUCUACUGUACAGGCGAUGGAGCUAAGAGAGAUAGCGAUGGAUAUUUGUGGAUAACUGGUCGUGUGGAUGAUAUGCUUAAUGUUUCUGGCCAUCUGUUGUCUACUGCUGCGGUUGAAUCAGCUCUUAUCACUCAUCAAGAUGUAUCUGAAACGGCAGUUGUAUCAACUCCUCAUCCAGUUAAAGGAGAAUGUCUGUACUGCUUCAUCACCCUCAAAGAGGGAAGAGAAUACAAUGAAAAAGUUGGAAAAGAAUUGAAAGAAAAAGUUCGCUAUUACAUAGGACCCUUUGCCACACCUGAGUAUCUGCAUAUCACUGCAGGUUUGCCAAAGACAAGAUCUGGUAAAAUAAUGCGCCGUGUUUUACGAAAAAUUGCAGCGAAUGAGAGAGAUUUAGGUGAUCUCACUUCACUUGCAGAUGAAUCUUUGAUUGAAAAAUUAUUUCAAAGUCGUCCAAUGGUUAAUUAGAUUGUGGAUGAGAAUUAGCGCCAUACUUUAAAUAGUUUCAGAUGAAAUUUAAUUGGCAUUGGAUUAAAAAAAUCAUGGUCUAAACUAAAUUAUUAAAAAAUCAUAAUUUUUAUAUGAUAAAUGCAUCUUUUUUUUGUUGUUGAAAAACUUCAACUAUACUUAUGAGAGAUACUAAAUUUUGUUGUGAUUUUCAUAUGAUAGUUUAUAAUGAAAUACUUAAGUAAAUUUAUUAUAAUCUAUGUUAUAAGAAAAAGACAAAUUGCAUCAUACUAUCAGAUAAUAUCCAAAAGGGGUGAGAUUUAAAAAAUUUUCUUAACAACUUUGGUUUAACUGUAAGCAAUAUUUAAUGUAAAAAAAAGUUUAAAAUAUUUAUAUGAUAAAAAAAGAAACUUAAAAUUUCUUAGCUUUAUCUAUUUUUUUGUGUUUUUAUAAUGGAAUUAUAUUUCUAUUAAUUUAAACAGGUUAAAAUGCAAUAUAAUUAAUAAUCAUUUUUUAAAAAGAAAUUUUAAGGUUUUUCGUAACUAAAUUUUGUCCAACAGAUACUUUAUUUUGGAUUAUGGUGGUCAGAGAGUUAAAAGUGCUUAUCAAUGUUCAGCUUUUAGAUGCAAGUUAAAAAAAAGAGCUGUUGAUCAAUAAAGAGCUGCUUUCAAACGCUGCAGAUUUCAUGAACUAUACAGAGCUUUUUUGCAGUUGGGUUAACUAAUGCAAAAUAACUGGAAGUAUUUAGUUAAAAUUUCGCUCUUUAAGAGCAGCUUCCUAUAUUUAUUUUGCACUCUAUUACAUUGUUACUAGCUAUAAUAUAUACACAUUGUUUCUAAGGAAACUGAUGAUUGUAUUGAUGUUAUUUACAGCUGUUGGGACAUUUUUAUUUGUCAUAUUUUGCUAAAUAAAUUUUGAAAUGUGA